UCUAAGCCGGCAGGCCGGUAAGAGAUGCCUCGGGCGCUAAAUAGUAAUCACAGCCUUCACACCAGGCGCUUUUGUUCCGCGAUGAGACCUUCUCUGACGAAAUCUCACAGCCUUGGAUUCAGGUCUAGCAAGAUCAUGUAAUUCAUGAUCUUGUACGGGCGCUCUUUGAAACAAUAAUAUAUACGAAAACCGAGCGCGAAGUAUCCUCGCUACUCCGAGAAUAGCGGCAGCUUUCUAAGCUUUGGGCGUACGGAGAGCAUAGCCGUAAUCGAAUGCACAGAUCAUAUGAGCUUUCCUUGCCCGACGGCUUUCGGAGUCGAAACUAGACACAAUAGUAAGCUCGCGAGUGUGUAGUUUUUCACGACUAGAAUCUGCUCCGGAGUUGUAAAAGUGAUGAUGCAAUGAAGCAUAUGGCUUCUUGGCGAAGCGGAAAUGUACAGCGGAAUAGUGCAUCAGCCACAACAAAAUGUGGCGUAAGCUUAGCAUGAGUCGGACAUAAUCAUUGGUACCUCCGACAUGUACCUUUAAUUUUUUGAGCUUUCCCUUCACCGUGAGAAUCUCAUCCUCAACCUGGACGCCGAGUAAACCAGGGCAGAUUGAAUGUCGAGGUUAUAAUGAGGGAAUGAGGUAGCCAUCUGCCUUGUGCAAUAAACCGUCCCUAUGAGGUUCGCGGACUUCAUUAUCGAUUUGGCCGCCGUCGUCAAAGCAUCUCGGUCUGUCGCAUCGAGGCAUGUUGAGCUUCGAGCUCGACAAAUUGAUCGAUAUGGCCAGACUUCAAGUAUUGUGAGAUCUUUGAGGGAGAAGCAGUCUGCUGUUGCUCCGCAUCGUCCGGAGCCUGUUGGCACCGACCAAUACCCGGCUGGUAAUAAUGAGCAACCAGUUGAAGUGAACGCCCAGUCUGACUUAGUUACUCCGAGCUCCGAAGGGAUAGAAGCCAGCACGAACGACUCUGCGCCGACGGUUUCACGAAAGACUGUUGAGAUACCGCCUCCAAAGCAGCAAGAUGUUUACGGGAUCCUUUUUCAGCGCAGCUCGCCGAGUGAUGCAGCACCUACGCAACACUCAUCGGUGAUCCAGUCAGAUCAAAGCGCAAUAUUAGCAAAGCUGAAGGAAAAGGCCAAUGAAGCAGAGGAACGUCACGCCGACGAACCAGCUUCAUUUUCUCAGCCUCAUGUGGCAAAUUCAAAUGCAUUUCCAAGCGCUACGGCCGCCGAAGAUGCCCCUCCAGAUAUCAACCCCAACAUAUUUCACACAAGUCGGGGCUCGCAGAUAUUAGAGGGCCAAAAAGGUGCCCUUCAACCCAAUCGACCCAAAGUCCCUCCCCCAUCUCCCGGGUGGUUUAAAGACUUCGGCCAUGGCAAGGCUCGACCCCACUCGGGGGAAACCCAGACGUCGUCUCCUAUUGCUGAGAUCGCUACGAACCAAGGGACUCCAGCCGCGAAUGAGAGCGCGACACAUGCUGCCGUAGAUAAGAUUGAGUCACGUACUAAAGAGGAGCCUACCAGCCGGAAAGCUGAGCAGGAACACACUCAGAUGGUCGAUGAAAUCUUAUCUAACGCAGAAACAGAAAAAGAUACCCCUCUAGACCCGACGACUGCGGCGAUCGAAUCAUCGGAAAUGUUUAGUAACGAACAGCCUAGACAAGCGUAUGCUCUUCGGGAGUCUAGAGUCCCAGCUACGCGCCUGAGCCGAUUGUGGAAUUAUGGCGGGCUGGCUGCUGGGAUGCUCGGCGGGGCUAUUACGGAAGGGUUUAGUAGAGGAUUCGGUGGUGGUGGUUCGGGCUCGGUGCUGUUUAGUGCUGGGAAUAUGGAACGACUGGUUGCUAAGCUCUCGCGAAUGAGGGGUGCGGCGCUCAAAUUAGGCCAGAUGAUGAGUUUUCAAGAUGCGAAAAUGUUACCAGGGCCAAUACAAGAAGUUCUUCAACGAGUCCAGGACCGAGCGGAUUACAUGCCUGCAUGGCAGCGCGAUCGGGUACUUACAACGAGUCUGGGACCUGAGUGGAGAGAUUUAUUCGAUGAGUUUGAGGACAAACCGAUAGCAGCUGCGUCGAUUGGCCAGGUGCACCGCGCCACCCUCAAAUCCACGGGCGAGAAGGUCGCUGUUAAGAUCCAAUUCCCUGGUGUUGCCGACUCAAUUAAUUCGGACCUGGAUAACUUAUCUAUACUUCUAACCGCAUCCAAGAUGCUGCCCAAAGGUUUAUACCUUAACAAGACAAUCGACAACGCGCGAACGGAACUCGGCUGGGAAUGCGACUACGAACGCGAAGCCGAGUGCGGGAGACGAUACCGAGAUCUCCUAGCCGACGAGCCGGACGUCUUCGUUGUACCCAAGAUCUAUACCGAAGCCUCGGGGAAGCACGUGUUAACAAUGGAAUUCAUGGGCGGCAUAGGCGUGACACGAAGCAAAUCCUUUACACAAGAGCAGAAAGAUUGGAUCGGCACCCAAAUACUACGACUCUGCCUCCGUGAGAUCACUGAGUUCCGCUUCAUGCAGACGGACCCCAACUGGACGAAUUUCCUCUACAAUUCCCGAACGAACAAGCUCGAACUUCUCGACUUCGGCGCGUCUCGCGAGUAUCCCGAACAUUUCAUAACACAAUACGUUGGACUAUUAGCUGCGGCUUCGCGUGCAGACCGUCGUGCUAUUAAGGAAUUAUCGGAGGCUCUGGGAUACCUGACAGGCCACGAGAGCCGGACUAUGCUUGAUGCACAUAUUGCCUCUAUCCUAACGCUAGCAGAACCGUUCUCUGCUUCUGCUCCUGAGGUAUACGAUUUCAGAGAUCAGACCAUAACAGACCGCGUUCGCGCCCUUAUCCCCGUUAUGAUACGCGAACGACUAAGUCCCCCGCCGGAGGAGACGUAUAGUCUGCACCGCAAACUUUCCGGUGCGUUUUUGUUGUGCGCGAAGUUAGGAAGUCGAGUGCGGUGUCGCGAGUUGUUUGAGCGAGCGGUGAGGAAGACGGAUGUUGCUGUGUAGGAUAAUAAUGUAUGUACGAUUAUAACUCACCUCUGUGUUGUAUUGUAUAAAGAGAAUGCAUAGUAUUCUAUUUGGGGAACCGGAGCAUCAUAAUCAUCAAGGAGAUAGAUACCUAGGAGAUAUAGAUGGAAUAGCGGGAA